AUGGCGACGUUCCACGUGGACUAUGUAGAGAAAGAUGACCCUGCUAGAAAGAAGAAACUCGCAAGUGUUAUCUUGUUCAUGUAUCCCGACUUCCAGUCUAAAACCCUGUACAUGUACAGGUUUUGCUUUUGGAAAUCUUCGCCUUGUCAAGCCAAUGUAUUGAAGCCGGUCAUCACCGAACAUGGCGUCUGCUAUCAGUUUAACUCAGGUGAUGAAGGAAAGCGAUCUGACGUCGAGGGGUCACUAUAUGGGUUGAUGAUAAGCUUCAUGACGAAGCAGGAAGAAUAUCUAGUCGGCUCGUAUAUUGCAGGGUAUACGAUCCUCCUGCACAAUUCUAAGGAUCACCCUAACGUCGUCACCCAAGGUUUCCAGGUUGCCCCCGGGGGCAGCGCUAAUGUCGCCAUAAAACAGAAAUAUGUGAAAAAUCUACCACAGCCCCACGGGCAAUGUGCGGAUAAGCAACUGGCUUAUUUCCCACACUACAGUAAAAUCAACUGUCAGGCAGAGUGCUUACACAACGAAACUAUAGAGAAAUGCGGCUGUCGAUUGGUUUAUUACCCUGAAGUACCUGGCCUUAGGGAAUGCUCACCCAUUGACGUCAACACGUGUUGGGGACCCCUUCUCACCAACGUCUCACAGAUCAUGAAGAACUGCGCAUGCACGGAGGCUUGCGAGACGUUCUACUUCGAGUACUCUGUAACGAACGGUCGAGUCUCUGACGUGUCGGCUCAAGCCGCUGCUGUCUUCUUAAACACUACCCAGACGUACGUGGAAAAGAACUACUUGGCCGUGUACCUGUACUACAAAGAAAUGAGCUACGAGGAAGUGAUUCAACAGGAAGCGUACAGCACGCUCACUCUGCUGGCGGAUAUAGGGGGCGCUCUUGGCCUCAUUCUGGGCAGCACGCUAAUGACCGUAGCGGAGAUACUGGAUUUCUUUCUUGGGUUGAGCAUUUGGAAAUUUUUCGGCGUGAAAUUGUGA